AUGGCGUCGUCGCUGGCCGAGGAGGAGGAGGCCUUCGAGCACACGCUGCUUGUGGUGCGCGAGGUGUCAGUGUACAAGAUCCCGCCCCGCACCACCAGCGGCGGCUACAAGUGCGGCGAGUGGCUGCAGUCGGACAAGAUCUGGUCGGGCCGCCUCCGCGUGGUGUCCUGCGGUGACCGCUGCGAGAUCCGGCUCGAGGACCCGGCCACGGGGGAGCUCUUCGCCGCCUGCUUCGUGCUGCCCGGGCAGCGGGAGAGCGCCGUCGAGACCGUGCUCGACUCCUCCCGCUACUUCGUGCUCCGCAUCGAGGACGGCAGGGGGAAGCACGCCUUCGUCGGGCUCGGCUUCAACGAGCGCAACGAAGCGUUCGACUUCAACGUCGCCCUCUCGGACCACGAGAAGUACGUCAAGAGGGAGCAGGAGAAGGAGACUGCCGGCGCUGGCGGCGAGGAGACUGGCGGUGGCGAGAUUGAUAUACAUCCGGCCAUCAAUCGCCGACUCAAGGAAGGUGAAACCAUUAGGAUAACUGUAAAAAACAAGCCAUCAACUGGAAGUGGUAUGCUUUCAGCUGCUGGUUUAUCUGGAGGGAUCACCGCAAAACCAAAGACAAGCAUGCUUCUUGCGCCACCUCCAGGUGCAGCUGGGAAGCUUCGAUCUCCUCUUCCGCCUCCACCUAACGACCCUGCAGCUGCAAGGAUGAAUUCUGGACAUACUGCAGGAAUCAGGGCUCCAAAAGAACCCACCAAUAGAAAUAAUGAUCCUUUUUCAGAUCUUUCUGCUAUAAAGUGCGGCAAUUGUUUCCUUCUUCUCUUGCUCGUAAUGGAUUCAGCAAGGAGCUGGUUUACCAAGCUCCAAACGAGGGAGAAAUCCAUUGGAAAGAAGAAGGAAUUGCCUCCCAAUGGCAAGGAAUCCGGCGAUGAUGCGCCAUCGAGUGCAACCAAGCAGAGGGUUGCAGCGGCCAAGCAGUACAUUGAGAAACACUACAAGGAGCAAAUGAAGCAUCUGCAGGACAGGAAAGAAAGACGGUGUAGUCUAGAAAAGAAAUUAGCAGACGCUGAUGUGUCCGAAGAGGAGGUUCACAACAUCCUGAAGCAGUUUGAGAAGAAAGAAACGGAGUACAUGCGCUUGCAAAGGCAUAAAAUGAGCGUCGAGGAUUUUGACUUGCUAACAAUGAUAGGCAAGGGAGCAUUUGGUGAGGUCAGAGUCUGCAGAGAGAAGACCACAGGAAAUGUCUAUGCGAUGAAGAAGCUUAAGAAGUCAGAAAUGCUUCGUCGAGGUCAGGUUGAGCAUGUCAGAGCUGAAAGGAAUCUUCUUGCCGAAGUGGAUCACCACUGCAUUGUCAAACUAUAUUGCUCAUUCCAGGACAGUGAGUACCUGUACCUGAUCAUGGAGUACCUCCCAGGAGGCGACAUGAUGACCCUGCUCAUGAGGAAAGACACGUUGACUGAAGAUGAGGCCAGGUUCUACGUUGGCGAGACGGUUCUUGCGAUCGAAGCGAUCCACAGGCAUAACUACAUCCACAGAGAUAUCAAGCCUGAUAACCUGCUACUGGAUAAGUAUGGUCACUUGAGACUGUCAGAUUUUGGAUUGUGUAAACCGUUAGACUAUUCCAACUUCCCAGACCUGAAUGAAAAGGACGUUACGCCUACAAAAUCAUCGUCGAUGCAUGGGGAUGGGAAGCAGCAGUCGAUGCCAAAGCGCUCGCAGCAAGAACAGUUGGAGCACUGGCAAAAGAAUAGAAGAACUUUGGCUUACUCAACUGUUGGAACACCAGACUACAUCGCUCCAGAAGUUCUUCUGAAGAAAGGCUAUGGGAUGGAAUGUGAUUGGUGGUCCCUUGGUGCUAUCAUGUACGAAAUGCUAGUGGGUUAUCCUCCAUUUUAUUCAGAUGAGCCUAUGACAACUUGUAGAAAGAUAGUAAAUUGGAGAACACAUUUGAAAUUUCCUGAAGAAGCGAGGCUAACGGCAGAUGCGAAAGAUCUCAUAAGUAAACUACUUUGCAAUGUCGACCAACGCCUCGGGACAAAAGGCGCAGAAGAAAUAAAGGAGCACUCCUGGUUUAGUGGAUUAGAAUGGGACAAACUAUAUGAAAUAGAAGCUGCGUAUCUGCCUCAAGUCACAGAUGAGUUGGACACUCAGAACUUUGAGAAAUUUGAAGAGUCCUCGGAUAAUGUUCAGUGUUCAGCAAAGACGGGCCCUUGGAGAAAGAUGCUUUCUUCAAAGGAUCUGAAUUUUGUGGGCUAUACUUACAAGAACUUUGAACUUGUGAACGACCACGAUGUCCCCGGGAUGGCUGAGCUGAAGAAGAAGGAGAAGGCAAAGCGACCAAGCGUCAAAUCUCUGUUCGAUUCACCUGAAGGAGGAGAGGGAGAGGGAGAGGAGGCGCAGCAGCCUGAAGACGAAGCAGCCUCCGCCGAAGGAAGCGUCCGGAAACCAGCAACAGAGUCUGAACUGACCAGAAGCCUCAGCUCGCCAUGA